AUGUCAGGAUUCAUUCAGAGCACGUUGCUUGGUCUAGGUAAAGAUUACUUGCAGGACGAAUAUGAAGAGUUUGCAGGACAACAUUUUCAACCGACCAGUGAUCCGUUUUAUGAAACGAACAAAGACGGUAAACAACACCGUCGCAGGCUUCCAUAUUAUUGUACCAAGGACGAAAGCAAAGCAUGGAAAAAGGUCCAAAGUAAAGCCUGGUUACAUGACAGGUCAGUGUGUGGAUGCUGCUGUUGGACAAACACUAUAGGGUGGGCACCAUUACUUGCGCUUUUACCGGUUAUAGGACCCUUAUUGAUGUACUGGGUGCAUGAUAAGUUAAUUGAAUUGGCCGAUGACAGAUACAAAUUACCUACUGAAGUAAAGCUCAAAAUGCAUGGUAACAUUGUCAUUGAUUUACUUAUUAGUUUGAUACCCAUUUUAGGAAGUGUUUUUGCAUGGUUACACGCGUGUUCCACAAGGAACGCAGUUAUCGUUUAUAAUUUUGUUGGAAAAAGGGCAUUGGAAAGAAAACAAGCAGAGAUGAUGCAUCAAGAAAAGGAAAAAGAGAAACAUGCUAAUACCAAUACAGCAAGCCCAGUGGUUAAUGGUAACAAAAACGUGAAUACGAACAGAAACAAUGGCAAAGUUUACAACAGACCGCCGGUGGCAACUCCACCUGCUGCUGCAUACACGCGAAAUACCAAUCCUCGAAUUCAAAGAGGUUACAGGUAG